UAGACGCACCAUUGGCUGCUGUGAUGCGAGAAAUUGGGCCGCCAUCUUGAAGUGGUGAUGAGGAGUCGGCGAGCAGCAUUAACUGACAGUUGACAGGUAGAAAACAAAGAUGCUAAACUGACAGUUGACAGGUAAAAAACAACAGAAUAAACUCUCUGCUGCUGCAGCAACAGAGAUACAGUAUAUAAGAUAUAUAGAUAUCUAAUGCAUUCAUACAUGGUUUAUGUAGGAUAUACGCAUGUAUAUAUGACCUAAUCAUAUUGUUUCUUCAAUUUAAAAAUAGAUGACCCAUUUUUUCACCCCUUCUCUGGGAUUAUAUUCCCAGUUUUGAUCUGGGACGUCUGGUCACUUAUAGCAUAUAAGAAUAUUCUAUUACUGUUAAGCAAACUAUGAAUAAUAAAACAUGUGUCCUUUAUCAUAGCUACACGUAUGAGGAAAAAGCGCGUGAAAAUCAGUGGUAUUCAGUGAGGUAAGAUGAAUUAAAUGCGCUGACAGUUCAUUGCUCCUGCCAAAUGAAUUGCACUGAGUGGAGCGGAUCACCACUCCAAGAUGGCGGCCCCGCGUCUCGUCAGCGCCAGUAGGCAGUAGCGCUCCAUGCUGCGUACCCUGAGAACAAUUUACUGCCUCAAGAUGGCGACAGGGUGACGUCAUGGAUGUUUCAGCUGCCGUAAAGCCCAUUACUGCCGUAAAGCCUCCCAUUCAGGAAGAAUAAGGCGGAAGUGAGCGUUUUAGCGAGUUGGAAGCAUUCAAAAUGUUGAAAGAUCUGAUCAAGGAGCGACUAAUGGCGGCAGCCGACGAGAUAUUUGCGCUGUUCGAAAGAACCAUAGAGUCGUACGAGGAGGAACUUUCUCGAAGAAGAGAGGAGAAGGGUCGACGACAACUGCACGAGGCCGCUUGCAUAAAUCACAUUGACGACGUCCUGCAGCUGUUUGGGCGACAAGAAGAACGUCCUCCUCAGCCACACAGGGGGAGCUCCACUUUGAUGCGGGAGGAUCCACAGCCCCCGCACAUUAAAGAGGAGGAGGAGGAGGAGGUUUGGACCACGCAGGAAAGAGAGUGUCUUCUCGGGCUGAAGGAGGCCGAGUUGCCACUGACCGGUUUCUCUGGGAAGACUGAAUAUGAAGAAGACGAACCACAAGCAGACCAGCCCUUAGCGCCACUGUCAGAUAGUGACGACACAACAUCACACGAAGACGGGGACGACAACCAAGAACCUUUGAGCGGUGACAUGAGGACCCACACGGACAACAAAUACUGUGAAUGCUCUAAUAAGAAAACUGGUAAAAAAUGUGUCCACUGCUCAGAGAGCAGUUUUAGUCAACAAGAAACAUGCGCAGAAGCGAAACCAUUCAGUUGCUCAGUUUGUCGUAAAAUAUUUACCAAAAAUAGCCAUUUGAACGAGCACGCGAAAACACACGCAGGGGAAAAACCUUUCAAUUGUUCCGUUUGCGCCAAAAGAUUUACCAAUAAGAGCCACCUGAAUGAGCACGUGAGGACGCACACGGGAGAAAGACCUUUUCGUUGCUCGCUUUGCGUCAAAAGCUUUGCCAAAAAGAGCAAUUUGAACGACCACAUGAAAACGCACACGGGCGAAAGAUCUUUCGGUUGUUCCGUCUGUGGCAAAGCUUUCUCGCAAAAAGUAAUCCUGGUAAGCCACAUGGCCACACACGCGGGCGAUAAACCUUACAGCUGCUCGGUGUGUGUUAAAGGAUUUGCCAAAAAGAGCUAUUUGAAUGUGCACAUGAAAACGCACACGGGGGAAAGACCGUUCUGUUGUGCAGUUUGUGGCAAAACAUUCUCCCGGAAGGUAUUCAUGGCCAACCACAUGAGAACGCACACGGGGGAAAAACCUUUCAGUUGCUCCGUUUGCGUCAAGAGCUUUGCUAAAAAGAGCAACAUGAUCGAGCAUAUGAGGACGCACACGGGGGAGAAACCUUUUAGUUGCGCAGUCUGCGGUAGAAGCUUCUCUUACAAGAACAAUAGGAACGUACACAUGCUGACACACAAAAGCAAAAACCUCUAGGUCAGGGGUCGGCAACCUUUACCACUCAAAGAGCCAUUUUGGCCAGUUUCACAAAAUAAAGAAAACAAUGGGAGCCACAAAACUCUUUUGAAAUUUAAAAUGAAAUAACACUGCAUACAAAGUUUUUUUUUUGCUUUGUGCUAUGUAUAAAUCAGGGGUCUCAGACACGCAGCCCGCACCUUAAUAUGAAAAUGUUAUGUUAAUACGGCCCGCGAGUUUUAUAUGAAUGGCGCUUGACAGCCCUCCCGAUUUUUCCGGGAGACUCACGAAUUUCAGGGCAACUAUUCUAUCGAACGUCCGCUGAUUUUCACCCAAAUAACAAUAAUAAGGGCAUACCGUGAUGGCACAGCAAUUAGUGCCCUCUACAACCUGUACAAACAGCGUGCCAGCCCAGUCACACGUUGUAUGCAGCUUUUGCAAACCCCGCCCACCUCA